UCCGUAAACAGAAUCUGCUGGAGGCUGAAUGGGCUGCUCCCUAACUGUGACUUGCAGCAUCGUGCGGCUCCAGCGGCGGGAGGUUACCCCCCUAGUAUGAGGAGCAGAGGGUGACACCCCUCACUAACUGCAGCUGCCCCCCGCCCCCGGCUAUUCUCACUGCAGGACCAUGCCUUUUGAACCAGAUAAAUCGCAGCCUGCAGAAGAAUCCUCAGAUGACCCCAGCCACAGCGCCGAUGUCACGGACAAAUCAGUGCAGAAGAGAAUCCCAAGUCCACACAGGGGGAACACCCCACAGGCCAGCCCUCCUCGCUUUGUGUCAGUGGAAGAACUGAUGGACGCAGCCAAAGGGGUCACCAACAUGGCUUUGGCCCAUGAGAUCGUGGUCAAUGGAGGUUUUCAGAUCAAACCCAUGGAGUUGCCUCAGGGAAGCCUAGAAAGAACCGUUCGGGACAUCGUCCAUAAAGCGUUCUGGGAUUGCCUGGAAGCGCAGUUCAAGGAAGACCCGCCUGUGUACGAUCAUGCCAUCAUAUUACUGGGGGAAAUUAAAGAGACCCUCAUCUCCUUCAUGUUACCUGGUCAUACGCGGCUGAGGAAUCAGAUCAACGAGGUCCUGGACCUAGAGCUCAUCAAACAGGAAGCAGAGAAUGGAGCCCUGGACAUCCCAAAACUGGCUACCUUUACCAUAGGUAUGAUGGGGACUCUGUGUGCACCAGCUCGAGAUGAGGAGGUCAAGAAGCUUCAGGAUAUUAAGGAGCCUGUACCCUUGUUCAGAGCAAUCCUCGCCGUCCUGGAUCUGAUGAAAUUAGAUAUGGCCAACUUUACCAUCAGCAGCAUCCGUCCACAUUUGAUGCAGCAGUCCGUGGAGUACGAGAGGAAGAAAUUCCAGGACUUCUUUGAUAAGAAACCAAAUUCUUUAGAAUUCGUCACAAGUUGGCUCCAGGAAUCGGCUGACGACCUUCUGGCUAAGGACUCUGCAGCAUCUUCUUCUAGCUCCGCGUGUCCCAUCUCUGUAUUAAAUCAUGCCUACAUGAAGCUUCUCGCAUGGGACCAUGAACGUAAAGCCUUCCCAGAGACUGUGGUGAUGGACCAGAUCCGAUUUCAGGAGAUGAAGCUGGAGGUGACCCAGCUGACAUUAUUAGGGACUUUGCUCCUGAUAAUACAGAACUCGACUACUCCCGGCAUCGCCAGUCAUACCGCUUUUAUGGACAGAAUGAAGAGUCUCAUCAGACUUUUGUUGGAGGGAGUGGGAACUCCUUCUGUCAGUACAGAGGAGGCCCUGGCCACCAUCAGUGAGAAGGUGUGUGUAGAAUUGAGCGUCUACCUCGGUCAGCACGGCUCUACCCCCUUCUCCACAGAGAGAGAGGAAUCUCUUAAAAGGCAGAUCCGGACUGCGUCGUCUCCCUCCAACCAGAUUUACCGAUUAAUAGACUCCAGGAUCCAGAUGUUUCUAUUGAGCUACCUAUCUGCAGCUAACCAGAGAUCGGUCCCCGUACUUCCAGGCGGGCUAAGUCCAAUCCAAAAAGAACUGGAAGAGAUGGCCGUGAGGUUUGUGCGUCUGGUCAACUACAACAAAAUGGUGUUUAGUCCAUACUAUGACUCAGUCCUGGGCGAGGUCCUAAACAAACAAGAGGUGCAGCCUUGAGCGUGCAGUCGGUCUAUUGAUUGGGAUGAAACGCCGUCUCCUCUGCUCGCCAUUAAAUUGCUUUCAUUGUACAGAACGCCGUGUUCUCUCAACGACACUGGGAACAUUGCAGAAAGCAGAAGCUGAUCUGUGCAGCC